GUGUGUGGCGGAUAGAGAAGCUACAGUCAAAGAAAUAGCUAGUUGUUGUGUCUUGGACGUUGUUUAUUAACACGCUAUCUUGCUGUGUUUUAACCGACUACAUUUUUUUUAUCUGUGUAUGUUUUCUAAAAUUCGUUACAAAAAAUACUGUAAGUUUGUAUCUCGGCGGGGAACAUGCGGUUAGUAACAAAGUUUGAAGCUCGAGGUUGAGGAAAAACAAUAUUUGGAGGAUAGGGGGAAGCUACCGUUUGUUGCUUUGGCCCACAGAAAAACCAUGUCGGAUACAAGGCGGCGUGUGAAAGUAUACACGCUGAACGAAGAUCGACAGUGGGACGACAGAGGAACAGGACAUGUUUCGUCCACUUAUGUUGAACGAUUGGAGGGAAUAUCAUUGCUAGUUCGAGCGGAGUCUGACGGUUCUCUAUUGUUAGAGUCCAAAAUCAGCCCCAAUACAGCAUAUCAGAAACAACAGGACACUCUUAUUGUUUGGUCUGAAGCUGAAAAUUAUGAUUUGGCCUUGAGCUUCCAGGAGAAGGCAGGCUGUGAUGAAAUAUGGGAGAAGAUCUGCCAGGUUCAGGGGAAGGAUCCGUCCUUGGAGAUCACCCAAGACCCCAUGGAUGAGUCUGAGGAGGAGCGUACAGAGGAGCUGCCAGAGACCAGCCAUUUGGUGGAGCUCCCACCAUGCGAGCUGGCUCGGUUAGAGGAGAUCGCAGACCUCGUGACCUCCGUGCUGUCUUCACCCAUCCGGCGUGAGAAGCUGGCACUGGCUCUCAUGAGCGAGGGCUACAUUAAGCGUCUGCUGCAGCUUUUCAGGACGUGUGAGGACCUGGACAACCGGGAGGGCCUUCAUCACCUGUACGAAAUCGUCCGCGGCGUGUUGUUCCUCAACAAGGCUGCCCUGUUUGAGGUGAUGUUCUCCGAUGACUGCAUCAUGGACGUUGUGGGCUGCCUGGAGUAUGACCCUGCCCUGGUUCAGCCCAAGAGGCACCGCGAGUUCCUUACCAAGACGGCCAAAUUCAAAGAGGUCAUCCCCAUCACGGACUCUGAGCUCAGACAGAAGAUUCACCAGACGUACAGGGUGCAGUACAUCCAAGAUAUCAUCCUGCCCACCCCCUCUGUUUUCGAAGAGAACUUCCUCUCCACACUCACCUCUUUUAUCUUUUUCAACAAGGUGGAGAUAGUUAGCAUGCUGCAGGAGGACGAGAGGUUCCUUACUGAAGUAUUUGCUCAGCUAACAGAUGAAGCCACAGAAGACAGCAAAAGGAGAGAACUGGUCAACUUCUUCAAAGAGUUCUGUGCAUUUUCACAAACCUUGCAACCACAAAACAGAGAUGCGUUUUUCAAGACCCUUGCAAAUCUGGGAAUUCUCCCUGCUUUGGAAAUAGUGAUGGGUAUGGACGACCUCCAGGUGAGGGCCGCAGCCACAGAUAUCUUCUCCUAUCUGGUGGAGUUCAGCCCAUCUAUGGUGCGGGAGUUUGUCAUGCAGGAACCGCAGCAAGCUGAUGAUGACGUGUUGCUGAUUAACGUGGUGAUAAAGCAGAUGAUCUGUGACUCGGACCCUGAGCUGGGUGGGGCUGUGCAGCUCAUGGGGUUACUGCGUACUCUCAUUGACCCAGAGAACAUGUUGGCCCCAACUAAUAAAACGGAGAAGACAGAAUUCCUCGGCUUUUUCUACAAGUACUGCAUGCAUGUACUCACGGCACCUCUGCUAGCCAACACUGCAGAGGAGAGGAAAGAUAUGCCUGAAGGGUCUGCAAAAAUCAACCCAGUAUGUCCUGACAAUUUCCAAACAGCCCAACUUCUGGCUUUGAUAUUGGAACUGCUUACGUUUUGUGUGGAGCACCAUACGUACCACAUAAAGAACUACAUCAUGAACAAGGAUCUGCUACGGAGAGUCCUUGUGCUGAUGAACUCCAAGCACACAUUCCUGGCCCUAUGUGCCCUGCGUUUCAUGAGGAGGAUCAUUGGACUGAAGGACGAGUAUUAUAACCGGUACAUCAUUAAAGGGAACCUGUUUGAGCCAGUCAUCAACGCCCUGCUGGACAACGGAACAAGAUAUAACCUCCUCAACUCAGCCAUCAUCGAACUGUUUGAAUUCAUCAAAGUGGAGGACAUCAAAUCACUCAUAGCCCACAUUGUCGACAACUUUUAUAAAGCACUUGAAUCCAUCGAAUAUGUCCAAACAUUCAAGGGUCUGAAAGGCAGAUAUGAGCAGGAGAAGGAUAGACAAAGCCAAAGACUCAGCAGUCAUUUAAACAAAUUAAAUUGUGCCGACAGAUAUCGACGGGAUGCAAGAUCUCUAGAAGAUGAUGAAGAAAUGUGGUUCAAUGAAGAUGAGGAUGAAGAAGACGGUGACCCAUUAGUUGAAAAAGGCAGAUCAGAGGAAGACUUUCCAGAGAGCUAUGGAAAGUACAUGGAAGCAAAAAAAGUUAAAGAAAGUGAGGACAAAGAGAACCUUCCAAAGCGGACACCAUCUGGCAGCUUUAAGUUUACCUUCUCUCAUUCUGCAGGCGCUGCCAAUGGAACCAACGGCGCUAACAGCAAAGCAGCCACUUCUGCAUCUGCAACCAGUCCCAAUGGCUCAUCAGCCAAGUCAGCUGCACUACCCACCACACCGCUGGUCAAGACGGGGUUGGUUGGCUUGGUGGAUUAUCCAGAUGAUGAAGAGGAGGAGGACGAAGAAGAGGAACAGUCACCACGAAAGCGGCCCCGUCUGGGCUCGUAAAAGAAGAGAAAUAGUUCACCGGUCUAAUGUCCCAUGGUGCCACUGUGUCACAGUCCACUGGACAGAGAGACCCUCCCCACCUCCCCCACUCUACCUCCUGCUCCCUCAUAACCACCUGGCCAGUGGACUAGAGGAGCUGAACGAUGCCAUGGUUCCCUGACCCUUCCCCUCUCUCACGACCCGGUCGUACCAGCAGGGAUGCAGUACCACCUUACUGCCGUAACCUUUUACCGGAGGGGAGGACGGGCGUACCCAGGAGCCAGUCAGGCUAGCGGGACUAGCCGCUUAGUAAUGGAAGCUUGAUUGGCCGACCCAACAGUGAAACAGAUCCUUUUUUUUUUUUUUUUUUAAAUUGGUUUGGUUGGAGGGAACAAGGCUAAAUAAGGGGUCAAGACAGCAUAACAAACCAACAGAAAGCAGCCUCCUAGGUCUCAAGGAGCAGAACUCUUCGACUUUGAAGCGUGGGCUCCAUUUGGUGAGACUCAAGUUCAACUACAUUAGCCAGGAACCUUACUGUACUGUACAACUGUUUAUUUUUUUUUUUCUUCUUAAUCAUUUUGCCCCUUAAAUGAUUUUAAAGGGGGAGAGCUCUUCCUGCCAGUGUAAUUUUCUUUCUUUUUUUUUUUUUUUUUCGCACAACAAGGUGGGACCACCGUUUACCCUUUUAAUCAAUUCUUUGAUUCAUUGUAGAAAACAUGAGUUGCAAUGCUGGUUUUAAUAACAUGUAUUAAACUGCAGUAAAGUCAUUUUGCAGCCAAAUGGAGAAUGUCUGACGUCUCUGUUAUUUGACACAGUUUUACUGUUCUGGAAAUGUGGCUUCUCUCAGUCAUGAGGAGCAGUUCUGAGUGGUGCUAUCGUUUACUUUUUUUGUGAGAAUUCAAAAUGUAGCCAAGUACGUUCCUGCCUAUAACUGAAUUAAACAAGCACUGAUUGGUAAGAGCAGUUUAUGACGAUACAAGUGUUCCCAUUGGGACAUUAGAAUGUCAUUCAAGAUCUAUGAAAACAGAUGCUAAAUCAGUCUGAAUGACUAAAGCUGUGAGGACCCAAAUGUAAACAUUGAGGUUGUUCAGAGUAAGAAAUGUACUUUGUUUUUUGUUUUUUUUUCCCAUA